AUGUUCUCGCCGGAAUUACCCUGUCCAGACAGCGGCAUAGCGACAGACCCCGACGAAGAAUUCAGACAGAGUUUGGUCUCCGUCUGCGGUCCUUCCUUCAGCACAGGUGGAGCCUGCUGCUCUUCCGCCCAACUCGACACGCUCGCAGAAAACCUCAAAACUGUCUCCCCUAUCAUCUCCUCCUGCCCCGCAUGCUUCAACAACUUCCGCGAUUUCUUCUGUUCCUUUACUUGCUCUCCAUACCAGGGCACGUUUGUCCAAGUCACGUCGACACAGACGACCACCUCGGGCGAGACGGCAGUCAAGAGCGUCGACUUCGCCGUUGGGGAAGGGUUCAAGCAGGGGUUCUUCGAUUCCUGCAAGUACGUGCAAAUGGGUGCAGCAAACCAGUUCGCGAUGGACUUUAUUGGUGGAGGGGCAAAGAGCGCAGAUGCGUUCCUCAAGUUCAUGGGCGACAAGAAGGAUGUUGGACCGGGCAGUCCCUUCCAGAUCGAUUACCCACGACAGUGGAACGAGUCCAUGACACCACUCACAAGAACACCGUUAGACUGCGCUUCCCAAGACCUGGGGAGCAGGUGCGCAUGUGUCGACUGUCCCAGCGUAUGCCCCACACUGCCAUACGUCCCGCCACCGUCCGAUGGCUCCAGCUGUCGGGUCGGGAUGAUGUCCUGCUUUACUUUCACCCUCACCCUCACCUACUCCCUCGCUCUCGCCGCCUUCAUCGCUCUCAUCAUCUUCCGUGCGUUUUACCAGCGACGACACAUCCAACUCGAAGGAGAAGAGGGUGUUGCGCUCUCCACAGGCGACGCCGGAUCUCACCAGACCUUGAUUGGAGCGACCUCAACACAAAGCGGACACCAUCUUACAGAAUCAGCAUCAUCCGUCGCCGGAUUAUCACUGCAUCGGGCUCAUCUCGGACGAGGCACAUCACUCCUCGACCCUCUGGAGGCGACCCAACCACGGCAGCACAAGCUCAAUGCAUGGCUGCGUAGGUUUUACUUCAAGCUUGGUUAUUGGUGCGCCAGCAAACCAUGGCUUACGUUUGCUAUCGCCGCUGCUGUGAUCGGUGUGCUGAACAUCGGUUGGGCGCGUUUCGGGUUCGAGACCGAUCCUGUCAAGUUGUGGGUCGCGCCUGGCAGUGAGAGCGCAGCGCAGAAGGAGUACUUCGACCAGUAUUUUGAACCGUUUUAUCGAACCGAACAGCUUUUCUUCACUUCCAUCAACGAGGAACCGGAUGGCGUUCUGACGCUCCAGAGGCUGAAGUACAUCGACGAUGUCCAAGGUACCAUUAGCAGCCUUCGUAGCGAGUCGGGUAUCAGACUCGAAGAUAUCUGUCUGGCACCAGCUGGACAGGGAACACCUUGUGUCAUCCAGUCGCCACUGGCUUGGCUCGGCGAUUUGGACAAUGAGGAAGAGUCCACCUGGAGAGAGACGCUGAAUGACUGCGCCACCACUCCGUCCAACUGCCUCUCAGCGUGGGGUCAGCCCCUGCUGCCAAAGUACGCAUUGGGUGGUAUCCCCCAAUCCGACGCUGGUCCAGUAUAUUCCAAGGCUUCCGCAGUGGUGAUGACUUUCGUGGUCCCCGACUCGAUGAAUGCGACGCACAAAGCUCUGGUCGAGGAGUGGGAACGUGAACUUCGCUCGUUCAUCGAGAAGUCUGUGGUUCCCACGACCGCCGCUCGGCACGGAAUGAAGGUCUCUUUCUCGACCGGUGUCAGCUUGGAAGAGGAGUUGAAUAAGAGCACGAAUACCGAUGUUCCUAUCGUCAUCAUGUCCUACUUGGUCAUGUUCGUCUAUGUUUCCCUGACACUGGGCAGUUCUGGUCGCAUAUCCUUCUUUGCCCCGUCAUACUCCGAUGCCGAAAUCCCAGAGGGCUUCUUCCCAAAGGCAAAGUACUAUCUGUCCCGUAUACGCAGGCCCAAUCUCCGGAUGAUCGUCACUUCUAAAGUGUCCCUCGGCUUGUUUGGCAUCAUCAUGGUCAUCAUCGCUGUUCUCUCUUCCGUCGGCUUUUUCUCAUUGCUAGGCGUUCGCGCUACCCUCAUUAUUGCGGAAGUCAUCCCUUUCCUCGUUCUCGCCGUCGGAGUGGACAACGUGUUUAUCCUGGUGCAUGAGCUUGACAAGCAGAAUGCCCUUCAUGGUCCCAGUACUGCCACAUCGAGCGCGAACGGCGUGAAUGGCGGGAACAACGGUACUCCCAUGUCGCCGUCUAUUCGCGCACCUUCCUUGGACGAUUCGGUGCCCACUCAGCUGCCCGCCGAAGACCGGGUAGCUCGCGCAUUAGCAAAGAUGGGACCGUCAAUAUUCCUCAGCACAGUAACGGAGGUAGUGGCUUUCGGUCUUGGUGCACUCGUGCCCAUGCCUGCUGUGCGGAACUUUGCUCUCUACGCCGCUGGAAGCGUGUUGUUGGACGGGCUGUUGCAAAUGACGGUAUUCGUCAGUGCGAUGACGUUGGAUUUGAGGCGUGUCGAGUCUAGUCGUAUUGACUGCGUGCCUUGCUUCAGGCUCUCACAGCGCGUAGCACUGAUGGAGACCGCACCAAAUCCCGAAGGAAGCGCCGUCACUCGUUUCGUACGGAAGCGAUAUGCGCCUUUCCUGCUCAAGAAGGAAGUCAAGGCCUGUGUCCUCGCUGCUUUUACAGGGUUGACCGUUCUCUCCCUUAUCGGAGUUCGACACGUACAUAUGGGUCUUGAUCAGCGACUCGCGCUUCCCUCUGAUUCCUACCUUAUCGACUGGUUCAACGCUAUAGACAACUACUACGAGGUUGGCCCGCCUAUCUACUUUGUUGCCGCAUCUGCCGAUGCCACCGUCCGCCGUGACCAACAGCACCUCUGCGGUCGGUUCACGACAUGCGACGAGUUCAGCCUGGCAAACGUGCUCGAAGCCGAGCGACAAAGGGAGGCAUCGUCCUUUAUCGCCGAACCCGCCGCGAGCUGGAUAGACGACUUUUUCCGCUGGCUGAACCCGCAGUAUACUUCCUGCUGUCGGGUGAGGAAGAACGACCCCAACACGUUCUGCCUCCCUCGGGACUCGGAACGGAGGUGCCAGCCAUGCUUUGAGGAUCAUACCCCGGCGUGGAAUAUCACGCUGGAGGGACUUCCCCAAGGAGAGGAGUUUAUGCGGUAUGUAAAGCAGUGGCUUAUCUCCCCAACGAACGAUGAGUGCCCGCUGGGCGGUCAAUCCGCUUAUGGGGAUGCGUUGUCCUUCUCCGCAGACGGCAAGACGCUAACUGCGUCGUCCUUCCGUACCUCGCACACCCCGCUCAAGCAGCAAAAAGACUUCAUCAACGCCUUUGCUGCAGCGCACCGGAUUGCAGAUAAUAUCGCGUCCUUGACUGGCACGCAGGUGUUCCCAUACUCGAUGUUUUACGUCUUUUUCGACCAGUACGCACACCUCGGGUCCAUGACGGAGGAAACGAUUUCCCUAGGCCUGCUCGCGGUGCUGAUCAUCACCUCCCUUGCCCUAGGCUCCGUCAAGACAGGCGUGAUCGUAUCGUGCACUGUCGGGCUGACAGUGCUCAACGUCGGGGGUGUAAUGGGUGUAUGGGGGAUCUCGCUUAAUGCGCUCUCUCUUGUGAACCUCGUGAUCGCACUUGGCAUAGCGGUGGAGUUCAACGCCCACGUCGCGCGGGCAUUCAUGGGCGCCGUGCCCGGGAGUCAGGCAGAAGGACAGAAAGAGAGGGACGAAAGAGUUUGGUCAGCGCUCGUAGAAGUGGGGCCGAGCGUGCUGUCAGGCAUUACGUUCACGAAACUUAUCGGGAUAUCCGUGCUUGCGAUGACGAGGAGCAAGCUGCUCGAGGUAUACUACUUCCGCAUGUGGCUGACACUCAUCGUCUCCGGAGCACUGCACGGGCUUGUCCUCCUCCCUGUGAUCCUCUCUUUUGCGGGAGGGGAGGGGUAUGCCCUAGAGGACGUGGACGAGGACUGGAUGCGGAGUGCUGUACGUCGGAGGGGGGACGAGUACGCGCCAUUCUUAGCUGAUGAUGAUUCUGUUAUGAGUGAUUAG